AUGGCAUCAUCAGAGGACAAACAUGUCCUUCCACCUCCCGUUUCACUGACACAAAGCAACGCGGUGACAGUGACCGAGGGGGACGCUCAGCGCCCACAGCGGCCGCCCCAGCUGCAUCGCGCUCUCUCCGCAGGUCCGGCGGUGGCGGCGGCGCAGGCCCGCGCGGCGGGGAGCUCCGCGGGAGAGACGCGCCCUACUGUCAGGCCCAAAAAUGAAGUGGAGCAGAAGCAGCUCUGUGCUUUUGGGGAGUACGUGGCCGAGAUUCUGCCCAAGUAUAUCCAGCAGGCCCAGGUGACCUGCUUCAAUGAGUUGGAGCUUUUGAUCCAUCCGGACGGGAUCAUUCCGGUCCUGACRUUCCUUCGGGAUCACACCAACGCGCAGUUCAAAUCGCUGGCUGACCUGACUGCYGUCGACGUCCCGUCCCGGCAGUAUCGCUUCGAGAUUGUUUACAAUCUCCUGUCGUUGCGGUUCAACAGUCGGAUCCGUGUGAAGACUUACACUGAUGAACUGACACCUAUUGAUUCRGCAGUGUCUGUGCAUAAGGCAGCAAACUGGUAUGAAAGAGAGGUUUGGGACAUGUAUGGUGUUUUCUUUGCCAACCAUCCUGACCUAAGGAGGAUUCUCACAGACUAUGGGUUUGAGGGCCACCCUUUCCGGAAGGACUUUCCACUGUCUGGUUAUGUGGAGGUCCGGUAUGAUGAUGAGGUGAAAAGGGUGGUGGCAGAACCCGUGGAGCUGUCUCAGGAAUUUMGAAAGUUUGAUCUGAAUAGUCCUUGGGAGACAUUUCCUGCCUACCGUCCUGCUCCAGAAACUCUGAAAAUUGAAGCAGGAACCAAGAAAGAAGAUGCAAAAUAGUGCCAGAAGGGAGAGGCUGUAUGGAACUAUCCUUUCUGUUCUGCCAUAGUAUUUAUAAUAAUAAAAGGUGAUAUGAUAUUCUUGUCUGUCAUGGUCACAUAGUGGUGGUGUCGAACUGUCUGAAGAGUGCAGGAUGAAGAGCAAUAAUUUACGAUCCUGAUAGUCCAGUUGGAAUAUGUUUAUCUUUUGUUUUGAGUCACAAGACACUGGAUUUGUGUGUCUUUGGCUUGCAAAUUGAAAGGAAUCCAGGCAUUUCCUCUGGCUAGGAUAUGUUAGAUACACUGCRUCUGCUAGCUGUCUCUGCAGAUGUAAAUCACAGCUCUCACCAGUGCAAACGGUAGGAGCCUGUGCUGAAACAGCUGUGGAACUUGAGGGGAUGGACAUCAGUAUUUCAGCUUUGAGGUAGGGACAUAGUAGCCCAGCAAAGCUUUUCUAAAUGGUUCUAAUACAGCUGGCAUUAGGACAGCACAAGUUAAGUGGAUGUGGACUGAAGCAACUGUGGCAGUGACUACAUUGUUUCCUUGGGAAUUAGGUCAGUGUCUGUUCUGCUGGCRCAAGGAGGAGCUGUAGAUAACCACUCACAUGUCACUCCUUCACUCUGAUCAUU